AUGGAACAAAUCGACCUGAACAGGAGGGGGCGUCGUGGGGCGCGAGCUUCAGCCCUGCCUCGGCUGCUGCGCCCGCGGGGCCCGGUCCCCGUAGGGGCUCCCGCUUUUUCCCUUUUUGGAAGCCCAAAGGGUUUGUCUAGUAAGAAAAUCCCAUGGCCUCGCCCACGGUGCUCCGUGCGCCGCGGCCGCCCUGCGUUUUCCGUUCGCUGUAACCUUGUGUUCAGGCGCAGCCGCCCAGCGCCGGGGCGGGCGGCGACCGGUGACGGGGAGCAGGUAUGUCCGCGUCCUGGGUGCGGACGGACGGGAGGAGGGAAUAGUCCCAAACUUUCUCCACAUUUUCAGAACAACUUUGUUCGUGCUUGUUAUUGGAGAGGAAGAUUUGUUGAUCCUGAGCCGCCUUUGAGAAGUAAAGGUGACUAUUAUAUGGUUAAAAAGAUUCUGGAGGAAAGCAGUUCAGGUGACUUGAACAUAAAUUGCGUAGAUGUGCUUGGGAGAAAUGCUGUUACGAUAACUAUUGAAAAUGAGAAUUUGGAUAUACUGCAGCUUCUUUUGGACUACGGUUGUCAGAAACUAAUGGAGCAAAUUCAGAAUCCUGAGUAUUCAACAACUAUGGAUGUCGCACCUGUCAUUUUAGCUGCUCAUCGUAACAACUAUGAAAUCCUUACGAUGCUGUUAAAACAGGAUGUGUCUCUCCCCAAGCCCCAUGCGGUUGGCUGUGAAUGCACAAUGUGUUCUGCAAAAAACAAAAAGGACAGCCUCCGACAUUCCAGGUUUCGUCUUGAUAUAUAUCGUUGUUUGGCCAGUCCAGCUCUAAUAAUGUUAACAGAGGAGGAUCCAAUUCUGAGAGCAUUUGAACUUAGUGCUGAUUUAAAAGAACUAAGCCUUGUGGAGGUGGAAUUCAGGAAUGAUUAUGAGGAGCUAGCCCGCCAAUGUAAAAUGUUUGCUAAAGAUUUGCUUGCACAAGCCCGGAAUUCACGCGAAUUGGAGGUUAUUCUAAACCAUACAUCUAGUGAUGAGCCUCUUGACAAACGGGGAUUAUUAGAAGAAAGAAUGAAUUUAAGUCGUCUAAAACUUGCUAUCAAAUAUAACCAAAAGGAGUUUGUCUCCCAGUCUAACUGCCAACAAUUUCUGAACACUGUUUGGUUUGGACAGAUGUCAGGUUACCGACGUAAGCCCACCUGUAAGAAGAUAAUGACUGUGUUAACAGUUGGCAUCUUUUGGCCACUUUUGUCACUUUGCUAUUUGAUAGCUCCUAAAUCUCAGUUCGGCAGAAUCAUUCAUACACCUUUUAUGAAAUUUAUUAUUCAUGGAGCAUCAUAUUUCACAUUCUUGCUGUUACUAAACCUAUACUCUCUUGUCUACAACGAGGAUAAGAAAAACACUAUGGGACCAGCCCUUGAAAGAAUAGACUAUCUUCUUAUACUGUGGAUUAUCGGGAUGAUUUGGUCAGACAUUAAAAGACUGUGGUAUGAAGGGUUGGAAGACUUUUUAGAAGAAUCUCGUAAUCAACUCAGUUUUGUCAUGAAUUCCCUUUAUUUGGCAACCUUUGCCCUCAAAGUGGUUGCUCACAACAAGUUUCAUGACUUCGCUGAGCGGAAGGACUGGGACGCGUUUCACCCCACGCUGGUGGCAGAAGGCCUUUUUGCAUUUGCAAAUGUCCUCAGUUACCUCCGGCUCUUCUUCAUGUACACAACAAGCUCUGUCUUAGGUCCGUUACAGAUUUCAAUGGGACAGAUGCUUCAAGAUUUUGGGAAAUUUCUGGGGAUGUUCCUUCUUGUUUUGUUUUCGUUCACAAUUGGGCUGACACAGCUGUAUGAUAAAGGCUACACCCCAAAGGAACAGAAAGACUGCGUGGGCAUCUUCUGUGAGCAGCAGAGCAACGACACCUUCCACUCGUUCAUUGGCACUUGCUUUGCUUUGUUCUGGUAUAUUUUCUCCUUAGCGCAUGUGGCAAUCUUUGUCACAAGAUUUAGCUACGGAGAGGAACUGCAGUCCUUUGUUGGCGCGGUUAUCGUUGGGACGUACAACGUGGUGGUUGUGAUUGUGCUCACCAAGCUGCUGGUUGCCAUGCUCCACAAAAGCUUCCAGUUGAUAGCAAAUCAUGAAGACAAAGAGUGGAAGUUUGCCCGCGCAAAGUUGUGGCUUAGCUACUUCGAUGACAAGUGUACGUUACCCCCACCGUUUAACAUCAUUCCUUCACCGAAGACUAUCUGCUAUAUGAUCAGCAGCCUUAGCAAAUGGAUUUGCUCGCAUACAUCAAAAGGCAAGGUUAAACGGCAGAACAGUUUAAAGGAGUGGAGGGACUUGAAACAGAAGCGAGAUGAGAACUACCAGAAAGUGAUGUGCUGCCUGGCGCACCGCUACCUGACGUCCACGCGCCAGAGGAUGCAGAGCUCGGACCAGGCCACUGUGGAGAAUCUGAACGAGCUGCGCCAGGACCUGGCCGAGUUCCGAAAUGAAAUCAGGGAUUUGCUUGGCUUUCGGACUUCUAAAUAUGCUGUGCUUUAUCCAAGAAAUUAACCAUUUUUUAAGUCAUAUAGAGGAUAAUUUUCAGUAAUCUGAAAGACUAUAUUUGCAUAACUCGCAAUUAAAUCAAUAAGAUAUAUAUUGAAAUAAGGAAUUAUGUAAAAGCCAUUCUUUAAAAUAUUUGUAGCAUAAAUGUGUUAUGUAAAAUAUGUAUAUAGAAUUAAUUAGUUUUUUAAAACCCUCUGUUGGUAGCUUUUUGCAAAGCAAAAUAGAUUAAGUAGAUAGGUUUUGUGAGUAUGCUGCUUGGUUUUCUUAUUGGAAUAAUGCUCUAAAGUUUUUUCUUUUUAUGUUAAGAAGAGUAGUUAUAAUUGUACUCAUUGCCAGAAAGUUCUAUAAAUGAAGACCAGUAAAUGUGGGCUGAUCUCUGUCCAUGGAAUAACUUGAAAUGUUGAAGUCACAGUUUAUAAAAUCUCUGUUUUAGGACUUCACAUAUAAUAUAGUGUUUAUUGUUUAGGAGUAUAGUUUCAUGUAAAACAAUAGUCUAUUUUUUAUUUUAUUAUAAUCCUAAGUAACAAAGAAACAACCUUAAUGAAUAUUUGAAUCUAUUUAUGUCUCUAUACAUUUAAAUUCACUUCAGUUUUGUUAUUGUAAUAUAUAUUAUUUUUACAUGGUUUGUAAUCACUAUAUUUUUAAUUUUGCUUUUUUCACGUAAUAGUAUUUUAUAUAUACAUUUCCAUGUAUUGAUACAGUCCACACGUUAAUUUUUAUAGAAUCAUAUCUUUUUUGAAAACUAUAGUUAGUAGACUUUUUAUUUGUAGCUAUAGGGUACUUCUGUAUGUGUAUAGGUUUGCACAGGUACUUCUGUAAGGUUAGGCGCUGAGUGGUUUCAAUUUUUCCUUAUUAUAAAAGUGCUGUAAUUCUUUUCCAGGUUGGAACGAAUGUUCAUAGUUAUAAAGCUAACCUGAAAUAAGGAUUUAGAAGGUAUUUCUGUAUCCUGUGUGGUCACAGCCUGUUUUAUUUUUGUAAACAUUGGAAGACCCCUUAAUGCAAGGAUCUGUUUUACAUUUGAACUAAGGUUCUUGAGCUUUGCUCCCAAAGUAUUUUCCACAGAACUUUACGCAGCUUCCGCAGAAGUGCUUCCUGCUGGCCUGUGGAUCAUUCUUGCUGCUUAAGAUGAAAAGUAUUGAUUUUUUAAAUUAGAGAACAAAGUAUAUAUUAAACAUUUUUUCCUAUGUUCAUGCAAAGGAUGUAGUUAAAUUUUUUCCACAGGCUAUUGCUUAUAUAUAUUCUUGCAACAUUUCCAGUUAAGAGGCUAUUAGGAAUAUAAUUGCCUUCGUCACUGAAUGUCAUGGGGUCUUAAGGCCACGGGGUACUAGCUUGGAAGCACAACUAUCCAGGGACAUUGAACACACUAGUCUUGGGCGUCAUCUUGCUUUUGAUUUUCUGGUUUUUAGUUUCCAAAUUGUAAGUGUUCCCCCUUUGGGGCAAAUUCUUAUAAAAAUGUUUAUUGUAAAGUUAUAUAUUUUGUCUACAAUGGGAUUAUGCACUUCCCCAGUUGGGAUUUUACAUCAGGAUUUUUAGUCAUUCUAAAAAAUACCUAAUUAUGAAAUAAAAAUAUGUAUGGGUGCCUACUGCGUGCAUGGAUUACUUAUGAGGUAUAUUUUGAAUAACAGCAUAUUGUCAGAAGAAAGGUGAAUAAAACUUGACAUUGGAUU